UCUCUCUCUCUCUCUCUCUCUUCUUUACUGUCCCUCACUCACAUUGUCUUUUCUUCUCUCUCUCCUCUAUCCACCCACCACUUCUUUCCAAUUCUCACUUUCUCUCACCAAAUUCCCCCAAUUUUCUCUCCCUAAAAUUUCAUCACAAACAAUGCAGGAUCGUCUCAACUCAUCGUAGUUUCGAUAUUUAAUUACCCUAAUUUCAUUUCAUUUUAAUUUUAUUUCACAAUUUUUGGAUUGAAUUAGGGAAUAUAUCAGAAUGUUGGAAGCAAUGGAAAGUUCAGUGAAUAAUGGAUUCUCCUCACAGUUUCAGAGCUAUGGUGAUAGCAGUGAAGAAGAACUUUCAGUGCUUCCACGUCACACCAAAGUGGUUGUAACUGGUAACAACCGCACCAAAUCGGUACUCGUUGGUCUUCGUGGUGUUGUUAAGAAAGCUGUUGGUCUUGGAGGCUGGCAUUGGCUGGUACUUACUAAUGGUAUUGAAGUGAAGCUGCAGAGGAAUGCUCUUAGUGUGAUUGAACCACCUACCGGUAAUGAGGUAGACGAUGACCUUGAAUUUGAAAAUACACAGUGGCAUGGAUCAGAUAUGGCAUCAGAUGAGACUCAAAAGUCUCACAAAUCAAGGCAUAGAAUUCAUAGAUCAUUGGGAUCAUCUCACAAGAGCAUCAGCAGGUCCUUCUCUGUUGAUUCGCAGUCAAAGGGAUCUAUUUCUAUGCCUCAUGGAUGGACGAAGGUUGACUUGAGCAAAUUGGAAAUGUCUGCUUUGUGGAGAUAUUGGCGACACUUCAAUCUGGUGGAUGCUGUUCCAAACCCAUCGAAAGAGCAGCUAGUAGAUGUUGUUCAGAGGCAUUUCAUGUCACAGCAAAUGGAUGAGUUGCAAGUUAUUAGGGGAUUUGUCAAAGCUGCGAAGAGGCUUAAGACGACUAUGUGCAAAUGAUGAAGUGGAGUGGAACAGAGUGAAAUGAAGAUGUUGAUAAAAGUUAUAUUUUCUAAUGCUAACAAAGAUAAUGGUGUCUAAUAUGAAUAUCCACUUCCCUUAGUAUUAUGUAACAUAUUUAGUAAUAUUAUGUAUCUUUCGGAUCUCAAUUAGUAGUAGGUUGGCUAAGAGGUUUAUACAGACUGACUCUUUUGUAGCACCACUUAGUUAUGUAGAUAUGUGGCCUUGUUGCAACUUGAACUUCAUGGAAGUUUUAAGUCUUCCUUUUAGUUUUUAAUUAAAGUAUGUGCUGCUGACCUGGGAAGUGGAAUUCCUCAGAUUUGAAUGUGUAUAUCUUGUUCUUUGAACUUUAAUUAUUCUGAUGAAUGAAUUGUAUUUUGUUGGGUC